UAAAGAAUGCAGAACAUGUGGGUUGACACUGUGCAUGAGAAAAUAUGGCAUAUUGUGCUCAUUAGUGUGGUGUGGAAAAGUUCCUGUGAAAGUCACUCUUCAUCCUGACAGAAUGAAGGCUCCGUCUGUCUCUUUACACCUUGACCUUGCCGUGCUGCUUGUGUCUGGAUUGACUAUUUCUGCAAUCUCUCUGAAUGUCAGUCCAAACCGUCAGCAGUUCUUUACGAGAGAGUCAGUCAGUCUGACUUGUGGAGAAGAGGAGAGCUCUGAUGGAUGGACGCUGAAGAGGAUAUCAGUAGUAAAGACAGAGAAGUGUGGAGCUGCUCAGGGUUUUGGGAGACGCAAUGGUUCCUCCUGCAUUGUCUCAGAUCUGUCUCCAUUAUCAGACCGAGGUGUUUACUGGUGUGAACACCGCAGUGGACAGAGGAGCAUCAAAGUCACCAUCACUGUAUCAGAUCGUCCUUUUAUCAUGGAGAUCCCUGCACUUCCUGUGAUAGCAGGAAGUGACGUUACGCUGCGCUGCAGGAGCAGAAACGGUUCCACCAUUCCGGUAAACUUCUUCAAGUAUGGCAGACAUAGUACCCCGAUUGGAGCUGCACCUGAAGGAGAGUUUACCAUCAGAAAUGUCCAACAGUCUGACGAAGGUUUCUACUGGUGUUCCACUGGUCAGACUGAAUCACCAUCGAGCAAGCUGAAUGUCAGAGCACCUCCUCCUCCUCCCACCAACUCCCCAUCUCUCAUCUCUACUCUGAUCAGAGUGCUCUGCCAUCUAGUGGUCAUCAUUCUCUACUGCAUCUGCACUUGCCUGAUGAUGUCCACCUGCUGCUGCAGGAAGAAAGGAAAGACACCAACUGUCACCAUGGAGAUGACACAGUGUAUUGAAAGCGGGCAGGGAUUGCCUAAUAUCUGUGUUGAUGACACAGCUGAUGUCACCACUGAGCAUGACUUCUGAGCUGAAGAGAGAUGGUCUAUCUGCACGUCUGUGUUUUACAUUAAAGCUGUGAUGACACA